GAACCCGAAAGAAAGAGAUGCUUCAUACUUCUCAUUACUCAACUUCAGAUACUUUGGAUUUCUCCCUAUUUUCAAUCAUACCCACAUGUGAAGUAAUUCCACUACAUUAGUUACACAAUUAUUUUGGUAUCCUUAAAUAAGUACUCGCACUUCAAGUUGGUGCAAUACUCCAAAUUAAAAAAUCUAUAUCUGUAUCAAUUGGAUCAUUCCUCGGUUCAUCCACAAAUAUGGCGUCCUCCAUCAAUCAAGAUUCCUGGCUCAACUCUAACUUUACCACUCCAAACCCAGUCGCCCUCGACGAUCACGGAAUCUCAAGUUCCAUCUCUCCUCUCUCAUUAUCUCAUAACUUCUAUUCUCCAGCUGUGCCGGAAAGAUCUCCUCUGUACCCAAGCCCCCAACUACCCCCAGAUCUCAAUAGAGCAAAAUUCAAGGACAGCAAAUAUAGCAAAAAAGAAAUGGUAUAUCGAGCGAUCGAUGAUAAGAUUGAUUUGGUCAGAUUUUUGCAGGCGUAUGAGAGUAUAAUUGCUGCUUUUGGUGUGGAGACGAGAGAAUUGAACGACGAAAGAGAAAAGGAAAAGUUGGAUGUGGCGGAACGAAUUGUUUAUAGGUUAUUUUGGAACGAUAGAAAUUAUGCGGGAAAUAGAGGAAGUGAAAGUGUGCCUCUAACGCAUGUCAAGGCGGAGAAUCAGGUUGUGGAUACGGAUGCAAAUACCUCGCGACUAUUGAGAGUUACGACAUCGGAAAUAGAUGCUAUAAGCGCGAUUGUGGAUGAAGCAUAUGAAGGUCUUCGUAUGGCCACUGAACCAGUGAUCGAUAAUAUCCUCGAAAAGGGCAAGGUUACUUCAACUAUUACAGAGGUGAGAGAAGUGGCGGACGAAACUGAUCCAUUGGUAAAUGAAAACACAAACUCUACGAAUGGGAUUGUCGAGGAUGAUCUUUGCGUCGCUGCAGGACCCAAAGCCAAUAUCAGUGCUGAAAAAGGCCAGAUCACUUCUAAAGUCACAGAAGUAGUUGAAGCCCCUAUUGAGAUUGAUAUACCGUUAGUGGGAUUUGUUAAAGAUGGAGGUUUGGAUGAAGAGCCUUCUGUUUUUGCAAACCACGUAACCAAUAUCAUUGAUGAUAAGAAUCAGAUCUUCUCUGCGAUUGCAGAAGUCGAGAAAGUACCCAGAAGUUUUCGCCUGGCUAUAAGGUCUAAGUCGACUAGUGGUUCUACAGAUCCUCAUGCUAUUAUUUCCAUCAAGUCAGAAGCCGGUACAUCUAUAGAAAUCCUUUACGAACAAAGUUUGAAAAGUCCAGAGAUUCAACUCCCCGGACGAUGGGGUCGCGAGAGAUAUAAUGAAUGGAAACGGGAAAAUGUUAAAGCUCAAAAUGAAAUCGCAAAGCAAGAAAUAUUUCGUCUCAUGGAAUUGAAACAUCGACUCUUGCCGCUCGAAUCGGACAAACAACCUUACACUUAUGACUUCACGUCAUUCACUCAAAAUCAUCGAGAUUCUUCAGCUCGUCAGCUUUGGAGCUUCAACCCAGUUGAGAGAACCGAAGAGCUUCUCAAUGUCAAAUUAUUGUGGAAAUGCGAAGCAUUUUCUCUCAAGAGGAUCACCGUGGAGCCGCUAAACCUUGAUGAAAUGGCUGCUGAUGAGACUAGAGGUCACCAAGCACUGAGGAACGCAUAUGCGUUCCUUGGGUUUUGGGACUGGUCGGUUCGAUCUCCUUACAAGAGGGGGGCGAAAGCUAAGCCUAUGCAUCAAAUCUGCUUGCAAUGGCUUGACCCUAAUGACGUUUUCCGAAAAGCUUAUUUUCAGAAGAGAUCGAUUUCUAACACAUCGGAAAAGAUUAAAAGAACUCGUGAGGGUAGUGGCAUUAGGGACGUUGGAAGUUGGAGGGGAAAACGCACAGUUAGUGGUGCGAAUUAUGUUGGAGGGAAGAAAAUAUGUGUGAGUGGGGGUUGGUAUGGGGCGAAGAAGAGAAGAAUUAGUAGGAUUAGUGGGAAUAGUGGUAUGGAGAAGAAAGAUGGGAGGAGAGAGAGUUUAAGUCAAGGACGACGUAUAUCUACAGCAAGGACGGCGAUAGAGGUGUGGGAUGCUAGAAAGAAUUGUUGAAGUGAAGAGGAGAUGAAGUAUUGGGUAUUUUUCAUGGCACAUGGGAUACGAAUAAAGGUGCUGUUGGAAAUUAAUUGUAUUACUGGCAAGGAAGUUAUUGAAACUUUCGCUAUAGGUAUUACUAAAGUAUUAUUAAGUUGAAAGUUAAUGGGAUGUUGUUGAUGCUACCA